CACCCCCGGAGGCCGCCAGCUCAGCGCUCCGUCUCCCUCAGACACUACAACGACGCCUCGCUUGCCCCAAAGAACACCAAAAGCUCACAGACCGAAGCCUCCAGUGGCUCUCCGUCAAGUAACAAGCCUAACGUCAGCAAGGCCGACUCUGGUGAGAGCAGCAAUGCCGACAAGUGGUUUGACGGCGCCAACAACAACGCCGAUGGCAAAAACAUCUCAGCCCUCGACAACGAACCCCCAUUCUUCCUCCAACACUCGUCCUCGGAAGAGACUCCGAAUCAUGGAGGUCAGGGCGCAAUCUUGGAACAACAAGUCCCAAUGCACGCUCUGAUGCGCAAGAAUGACACCGAGGACAGUGGUAGCUCAGACUUCCGUGCUGUCAUCGACGAUCUCACCGUUCAGAAUAAGAAGCUCAAGAGACGUCUGAAGAAGUAUGAAAAGCUGCACGACGCCCACUUGAAGGACGAGAAAUUGUUCGAGGUCCGCGUCCAUGGCCUGUCGUCGACCAAGAGACGUGAGCUGGAAGACAUCCUUCGCAACUUUGCUGUGAGCGCUGCGGGUCAGACCAAUGCCGUCUCCGCUUCUCAAGCAAGCAACCCUUACGACCGCGCCGUCCCUACACUCAAGACCCACAAGACCGCCUCAUCAUCAUCAAACUUCGCCGACUCUGCUUACGCUUCCAACUCUGCCUCUGCCUCUGCAUCCGGCACUUCUAACUCCACCAGUCUUCAAAGUAGACAUCCUUACCGUCGCUCUAGCAAGGCCCGCACCAGCAACAUUCAGACCUAUCUUCACGACAUCCCAGAAGGCUUGCUGCCACAACACCCAGCAGCCAUGACCGAGUACUCGAGAAAGAAGCUCGUCGUUCGUCGUCUGGAACAGAUCUUUGCCGGCACCGGAGCUGGUAUCGGCGAUCAUCACCACCCUAUUCAGCAACAAGAGGUUUCUCAAAUGGCAGCCAAGGCAGACAGAAGCGCUCUGGAAGCCACCGGUCAGACUGCUAAGAUAGAGGGUAUCAGAGAAGCCCCAAUCAUGAAGGACGAUGAGGACCGAAGUGCCGAGGAUGCUAGCGGUCCCGAAAUCGCUCAAGGAACCGAACUGGAACAAAAGUCUGGCCUCUCACCUCAGCAGCGACCUACAAGACCUCUGGAUCUCGAUCCUCAUCGUGCCCAGAAUCCUCGCGAUAACUUCCAAUAUAUCCGCCAUCUAGGCUUCUCGCCACCUGAGCCUACCACUAUGCAGGCUCAUGAGGAAGGCCAUGGUUGGAUCUACUUGAACUUCCUUUUCAACAUGGCCCAGCUUCAUACUCUGAACGUCACUCCCGAGUUUGCAAAGAAAGCCCUGCUUGACUUCAGCACAAAGUUCGAGCUUUCAGAAGACGGCCGCAAAGUCCGCUGGAAGGGUGGUAGAACCAUCACCAGAUCAGCCAGCGAUACCGAUGGUAGUUCACCAUCAACCUAUGGCAACUCUUUUAACGGCACGAGCCCACAGAAACGCUCAAAAUCGUCUCAUCACAACGCUGGUGCCAAGAAGCGCAGAACGAUGGAAAAGCAGGACAGUAAAUUCGCUUACACUCCUCUCUUCUUCCACCGCACUAGUGAAGAUGACAGUGAUGUCUCUUCCGAAGAAGACGAAACCGAUUCUCAAUUCUUGGCUCCUCCUGGUGGAGAUUCCUCGGCCAUGACCAGCUCUGGUAUUCGCACUGUCUCGUUGAGACAGAAGAAGAAGACAGACAACGGCCCUAUCAUCUUCUACAACAACGCAAAGUUCUGUACCGAUCUUAGUGGUGAGCCGAAGACGGAAGCUGCCAUGAUGUACAACCCCAUCCUGUACCACACUACCACUGAGCAUGCACUCGGUAUUCCAAGACCUUCUGAAGCAAGCGCUACCGGUGUCAUGGAGUCUCGUGGUCCCCUCGACGAGGCAAAGGACCUUCCUGAAGCCAUGUGCCUUGACGACAACCCGAUACCUGAAGCUCUUGAGAUCAACUUCCCGGGGACCACACCGUUGUCUGAUGCGACUGGCGCAUCUGGACCAGCAAGAAACCCGAUCGACCUAGAGGCUUCUGGUAUUGGUGGUAUCUACCCUUCAGACAACUUCUCGGUCAACGUAAAGACCGAGCGUAAGCGCAACCAUGCCGCCAUGGCGCAGCCCAGACAACAAAAGCCAUACUCUGCUCGUAUUGCUGGGCUUCUCAAGGAGCGUAAACAGAAGGCCAUCCUGUUCGAAGAUGAUGUCGUCAGCACCUUUCACCAAGAGUUGCCUCCCUCUGAGCUGCCACCUGCCUCUUGCUUCAUGGACAUCGACGAAUACGAUGACGAUGAAUCCGAGUUCGAAGAUUAUCAAUCAAUCAUGCCUGACCUCGAUCGUGUCCAUGACGUUCCCGCCACAGCACCUCAAACUAUCGAUAUGCCCUACCUGAGCAGUGACGAUAGUGAUGAUGACGAUGACGAGGAAGGAGACAAGGAUGAUGACGCUGCAUCCGACGGCUCUCUCGAUCUGCUUGCAACUGCUCGCGAGCUCGACCCCCAGUCGAUUCAAGCACGUGAGCGCGAAUACGACGCUCAUAUGGCUGAGAGGAUGGCGGAGGAGAUUCCAGCUGGUAGCUCUGCUGCAACAGCAGGAGGUGGUAGUGGCUUCGCUAGCCCAGCG